UGGGAAGCUGGUUCCUUACACCUACAACUCUGGACGAGCUUCGUGGGAACAGGGUCCGCCGUUCAUGAGGAACAGACUUGGAGGUUGCCUCCCGAUGGCAUGCGAAUCGAACAGCGUUUGCCUCCCGAUGGCAUGCGAAUCGAACAGCGUUUGCUCUGGGAACGCUCAGUGCAGCUGUAUAGUCCAAGACCAGAGUGGCCAUCAGGAGCAAACUUGCCCAAGUCCGAGCAGCAUACCUCUCGUUUGCAACCACGAAGUCGAGGCCGAGAACCACCACUUUCUCAACGUGAGUGGAGCAGGCUACUUCUCCAACAAUUACACCAAGGCCGACAGAGUUUCCACUUUGAGCGAGUGCUGGAGCUUGUGCCUAGCGAAUUGCUCCUGCAGCGCACUCUUCUUCAACAAGCGGUCGAGCACCUGUUUCUUCGUCGACCGGAUGUAUGGAGGCCUCACCAGGGAUCCCAACUUCGAUGGCUUCCUCAAGCUGCAAAACGCAGAGCUUUUCGUGCGGAAGAAGCCCAAGGAUCGCACCGUUUUGCUUGGAGUCAGCAUUGCUGCGAGCGUGGUCCUGCUAUCAGCUCUCGGCUUGGUCGUGCUGAUGAUCUGGAAGCACAGGCUUGACAAAGUUGAGCGUGCUUUGGCUCUGGCACUGCAAGGCUCGGCUCAGAAGUAUACAUACAAGGAGCUGGAGGUGGCGACUGGGAACUUCGCUUCGAGCCUUGGUAAAGGCGGCUUUGGAACCGUCUAUGAAGGGACUCUGGCGGACGGGAGAAAGGUGGCGGUCAAGCGCCUGGAGAACCGGAACCAGAGUGACAGGGGAUUUCUGGCGGAGAUGGCCUCGCUGGGACGGAUAAGCCACCACAACGUUGUCCAGCUCUAUGGCUUUUGCUCCGAGAAGAACCAGCUCAUGCUCGUCUACGAGUACGUGGUGAAUGGAUCCUUGGAUAAGUGGCUGUUCGAAGAUCGAUGCUUGGACUGGCAGAGCCGCCGCGAUAUUGCCUUGGGAGUAGCUCAAGGCCUGGCUUACUUGCACGAGGAAUCGCGGCAGCUGAUUAUCCAUCUCGACAUCAAGCCCGAGAACGUCCUUCUAGACGAUAAGUUUCGUCCCAAGCUCUCCGAUUUCGGCAUGGCGAAGCUGCUCAAGACUCGGGAUGUAAGCCAGACCGUGACUGAUGUUCGAGGUACUCCAGGAUAUCUCGCCCCGGAGUGGCUCUUACAUUCGGUAGCCACGAAGAAAUGCGACGUCUACAGCUAUGGUAUGGUGCUGCUGGAGCUCAUAGGUGGACGAAGGAACUUGUCCAAGCUUGGCGGCCAUGGUGGAGAAGACUGUCGUGAAGCUCCAAUGGACGAGGGGGAACAAGCUUUGUGGUGGUACUUCCCGGCCUGGGUCGUAGCUCGAGUCUCCAAGAGAGAGUUUCUCAAAGUCGUGGAUACAAGGAUCCGAGAUAGUGUGGACGAGGACGAGGUGAAAAGUAUGCUCCAGGUAGCUCUGUGGUGCAUCCAGGAUAAUCCCAGCCAAAGACCCCCGAUGGAUACAGUCGUCCAGAUGCUCGAAGGUCGAAAGGAGAUUUUGGAGCCGCCUCUCUUCUUCCGGUUUGCGUUGAGUUCUGCGGGAGUUCUUCGGUUCUCUUCGACUAACCAUCUUGGUGGUAGCGUCAGUGUGGCCAUGGUAGCACACCAGCCGUCUGGUCCCAGAUAAACCAAUCU